AUGUUUACUAUUUCAACAGUAAAAACGACGUCUACUGCUAGGGAUUGUGAGCUGGAAAUCCCUCCUGACGCGCCGAUUACCAUGGCGAUGACUCUUUGGAACGUUUUUUCAUUGGAGUAUGAGGUGUUGCUCCAAGUGAAACUUGCAAACCACAAGUCUCUUGUCGAUUUCCGCUACCCCAUUAUUGUUUGCUCGGAAAAAGUCCCGGUAAGCUCAGUUCAUUUUAAAGUUCUUUCAAAUUGAAAUUCAAGGAACGACCGAUCAAAAAAGGAUUUAAAAAUCAUGUCUUCAAACGAGCGAUCGAUAUUGACGACGCUAGUGAUGAUGACGACGACUAUGAUUCAGAAGAAGAAGAAGUCAUAUCAACUCGCAUUCAUUCUGUCGAUAUUGAAAAACUGGAAAUCAUCAGCGGGACUGAAGGACGUGGCUUGGAAGGGGCCAGCGCCCAGGUUACGUUUGUUGUCAACAGCAACGUCGCAAGACCUCUCCGAGGCCUGCGCUUGAUUCUUUCUGGAGAACUUCGAGCAGGCGCCACCUGGUACGAGUUCCUUCGUUUCAAAGCCCUUGCUUCCAGCGACAACUAUUCCCAAUUUUCGCCAGGAGAACACACGAUCAGAUUCUCUUUGCCUUUUUCCGAGUCGCAAUAUGACGUCAAUAUCCUGGCUCCCUCUCUUGGAGAUGACAUCCGUUAUAUCUGUCGGGCUUCCACGGUUUCCUGGAGAAAAAACAAUGUCUCCGCUGAGGUCGAUAUCCUUGUUGAUAGGUUCGUCGACACGUGGGCAAAAGAGGCGUUCAAAACGGAUCACGUCGAACAAAGAGGCGCAGUGACCAUUAAAAUGAGACAACGCUGUUUUCAGCGCGGAAAGUACAUUUUUGCGCACGUAGAGGGCAGGCAGAAAAAACUUUCCCUGCAGUUGAUCCAGAUUCGAAGACUUCGUGUUCCUGGCAUACAUAGCGAUGACAGCUACGUGCAUGAGCGCAUCGUCGUGAAUCAAGAAUGCCACGUUGAGGAGAUUGAAAUGUUUGUAGAAGGAUUCCUUCCGAUACCUCACAACAUCCCACCAAGCAUUGAGAUCAGCUAUUGGAACGUUCUGAUCAUCAGCUAUGAGCUGAACGUUGUGACGACUCUAGAGGAUGGUCACACACAUCAACACAGAAUCCCUAUCUGGAUAGGCUGCACCGACGACAACCUCGGCCCUCCGAAAAAGAGAACUCGACUAGCGCCCACAGAAGAACCGAGAAGAGAAUCGCCAGAACUUGGUGAAUUACCAGAAUUCGAAGUCCAUCAUCCGGAAGAAACACGAUAUCAACCUUAUUGGGUUGAACGAUUCAAUGAUCACACUUAUGGUUAUAUGUCUUGA